AUGAAGGAAUUUGGAGAGGUAAAAGUCGACCAGCACCUAAAGACACACGAACUUAAGAUACAACAAACGGAACAGGUUUUGCAACAGCUUCUAAUACCAAGAGACAUCACCCAGGAGUGGAGAAAUGGUGAGCGGCAGACGUUAGAAAGUAAGCUUACAGAACUUCAGCAGCAGCGUGGUGAAUUCCUUCUUCGUGUUAAUGACAUAAUAAAGCAGCUUAGUGACUUGCAAAUGAGUGACAGUUUCUGCCUAAAGCUGAACGCUGUCCAAAUGAAGCUAGGAAUAGAGAUGACACGCUUAGACAACUCUUUGCCAAUAUAUGCCAGAAGGAAAGAGAUUGUAGAUGUCGUCGUGAGCAAUCCAGUGACUAUCGUUUUAGGGGAAACCGGCUCUGGGAAAAGCACACAGAUGCCGCAAUAUUUGUAUGAAGCAGGUCUGGCUAAAACAGGCGUCAUUGUCUGCACUCAGCCACGGAAAAUAGCAGCCACCAGCCUAGCCACUCGCGUGGCGUCAGAACUGAUAGGUAGUGUGGGACAAACGGUGGGCUAUAAGGUGGGCAUGAGGCAGAAAACAUCAGCUCUGACAAAAAUCGUGUACAUGACCGACCAUAUGCUACUGAAUGAGAUCCUCGACGACCCAGUUCUCUCCAAGGUGUCAUGUGUAAUCAUUGAUGAAGCCCAUGAACGAAGCAUUUACACUGACCUUCUGCUGGGCAUGGUCAAGAAAUGCAUGGUGAUCAGGCCUGAACUGAAGGUGGUGAUCACAUCGGCGACUAUUGACCCAGACGUCUUUGUUCGCUAUUUCAAAGGAUGUCCAGAUGUGAAAGUCUCUGGCCGGACUUUUCCUGUAGAGGUCAUCUGGCAAGAUCCUGCACUGUCUGUUCCGUUUGAAAGUUAUAUGCAGAGAGCCGUAAAUGUUGCAGCUGACAUCCACCAGGAGGAUGCAGAGGGGGACAUCCUAGUGUUCAUGACUUCUCCCUUGGAAACAGAAAAGUGUUGCAGUUUACUGGAUGAAAAACUUAAGCCCAGAAAUGACUUCAAAUGCCUUCAAAUCCACGGUAAGCUCCAAGCAGAAGAGCAGCAGGCAGUUUUCCAACCAUUGGCCCCUGGCGUCAGGAAAAUUGUGUUCGCAACCAACAGUGCUGAAACUUCUGUAACCAUUCCUGGAAUUAAAUAUGUGAUCGAUUCUGGACUGGUCAAGGAAAUGAAGUACGACCCGGAGAAGAAUCUCAGCUCUUUGGAUACGGUGGUUAUAAGUAAAUCAUCGGCCGAACAGCGGAAAGGCAGAGCCGGGAGGAUGUCGCCAGGAAAGUGUUUCAGAUUAUACAUGGAAGAGGACUAUGAAAAGAUGAAAAGCAGCUUGCUCCCAGAAAUACUUAGGGUUCAUUUGGCACAAGCUCUGCUUAAGCUCAUGGAUUUGGGCGUUGACCCUACGGACUUUAACUUUGUCGAGUCACCUCCACAGGCAGCUCUGGGGAAAGCCAUAGAAUCGCUUGAAGACCUUGGAGCUUCUAAAGGCAGAGUUAUUACCGAACUAGGGAGAAGACUAGCUCUGUUACCUUUCGAACCUCGCCUGGGAAAGUUCCUCUUAACAGGUAUUGACUGUGGCAUUGCAUAUGAAGCUAUUUCCCUGGCAGCGUUGACAACCAUGGGUUCUUCAAUAUUCUACCGAGCUGUCACUGACGCUGACAAACAUGAAUCCGACCUGAAGAAGACAAAAUUUUGCCAUGAAGAAGGCGAUCACUUCGCAAUGCUAAGUGUGUAUCAAGAAUGGUAUGCCACUCCGGAAAAGGAGAAGAGUAAAUGGUGUGUCAAAAACAGAAUCAACGACCGUUCCAUGCGCAUGGUGCGGGAAAUGGCGAACGAAGUAAUCACUGUACUUAAGAAGGAGAUGAAACUGGAAGUGAAGGUUUCCUUUGCGGAAGUUUCAGAAAGCCACCUGAAAUUAAAGAAGAUCAUUUUUCAGGCAUCAAAGCAAAACUUGGCUGUUUACCUAGGUAAUCCAAAAGUAGGGUACUUUGCCCCUCAUUCAAAACAGCAGGCCCAAAUCCACCCAUCGUCAAGCGUCAUGGUGCUGGGUGGGAAAAAGCCAGAAUGGGUACUGUUUGAACAGUUGAUAAACACCAGCAAGGAUUUCUUCACCUCUGUCUCUCCAGUCGAUCGUGAUUUAGUUCUGACAGCUUACGGCAAAGGAGAACUGAGCUUUGAUCCGAGUCUGGUAGAAAAAAUGAAAGUGAGUCCUGUUCUGACCAUGGGACUUGGACGAUUUUCAUUUAUGGAGUUUGUUGGCCGACGUUUUUGUAACCUGAAGCAAAUAGAAAUUGAGGUGAUGUCGGAAUUCAAUGUGGAAAUAGUCUGUGUGGAUGCAGAUCGAAAACGCCUGGAGAUUCAAGUGCAUGUCAGUGGGAAUAAGGCAAUCUGUGUGAAUGACGUUGUAGAUAGAAGGCUUGGGCCAAUUUUUGGCAAUCUCAGGUUAGCUGAUCGUGAGAUUCCGUUGCAUGAAAAAUCUGCGGGUCUCAGGGCUGUCCUUGGGAGAGGCGGUGUAGUGUCAAAGCUUCUGUUCCCGGGUGAAUACAGAACUGUGUUUAUCGAUGAAGUUUCACCCAUUGAAGAGCUCACAAAAGUUAGAGAAAAGCUUGAAAAAUAUGGCACUGUUGCCGAAGUCAAUCCGUUUCUUAAACGACUCAAGACACAUCCUCAGAGAUGGGGUACUGUGACCUUCAAAAGCCCCGAGAGCGCAGUGAAGGCGGUGAAAGAUAUGAUGGACUCUGAUGUGGCUAGGAUAGUUCCCUGCGCUUCACCCGGUCGUGUUGGGAAGGUGGGAGAGUUCACUCUGAAGGUAACACUGACUCGUAGAAAGCUGAGAGGAUCCGGCUUCAUUACUCUUACCAACCCUGAGGACAUGCCCCGACUAUUGCACUGCGGCGACAUAAUGAUUGACAAAUCCAUUGUAAAGGUCGGUCGCGACAUGUACAAUAAAGACCGUCUUCAUGUGUUUAGCUUACCCCCUUCUGCGAAUGAAGAAAAAAUUAGGGUUGCCAUAGAUCAAAGAUUGGGCGCUCUCCCGGGUGAAACUCUUGUGAAAGAUAUAAGACUAAUCAGAGAAAGAGGCAGUGAACCAAGCCCUGGAGAGACCUCAGCUAUGAAAGAAUAUCUGGAGACCAGCCUGUCAGAACUGUGUCCAAACAAACAAGUGACCAUCGAGGUAGUAGAUCCGACAGCAAAGAGUGUUUUUCAAACAGCCUACCUUAAGAUCGCUAAUCCGAAUGACGGAUUGAAAGUCUUCAACGAAAUAAAAGGCAAACUCUUCAUCAGUAGCGAACCUCUAAAUGUGCAACAGGAUUUGUCAUCAGAUGUAUUCAUUCCUAAAUAUCUGCUCGGAGUUCUAGAGACGGAACUGAAGACCUUGGAAACAAAGUUCAAGACAUCAGAUCUAUAUGGAAAAGUAAACAUUAACAUAAAAAGAAGUAGAGCUGGACAUUGCUAUGUCAGAAUUGAGAGUGAAAAUCCUGAGUCCCUAGCUGUUGUGAAGAGAGACUACGAUGCUCUGUUGGAAGGCAGAUCUCCGGACCUAUCCGAGUUUGGUCAAGCUUUUGAAGGCCUGUUCAGAAAAGAAGGCAGAGAUCGCCUGAAUAGUAUCGAGAAGUCGACAGAUACAAUCAUCCGCACGAACUUUUAUUUACAGCGAGUUUCGGUGAUAGGGAGCGAUGAGAACUGUCAAAAAGCCUUCGAUAAAAUCAAGGGCUAUGUCAAGUUACUGGUGAACUACCACGUACAGAGCACACUACUGUCAGGGGAUAACCGACCGGCAGGUCUCAUGAAAAAACUACUGAGUAAGUAUGGGUUUGACCUUGCCAAACUUCGACAGGAGUCCGGCGUUGAAGCCGUGGAGUUGAACUUUAGGCGUCAGCUAUUGACCACAACUGGUACUGAGGAAUCCUUGAAGAAAGUCGUGGCUCUCGUACAGGAAUGUAUCAGCCAGCUAGAGACUGCAAAUGUCAUGCCACCAAAGGAAGAAAACGAAUGCCCAUUGGACUGCGUGGUGUGUUUCUGUCCUAUAGAUCGGCCGUACCGCCUGAAUCUUUGUGGCCACGCCUACUGCCUGGACUGCAUCAAACUACAGGUACGCACCGCGAUUGACACGCGAGACCUGCCACUGCGCUGUGCUUAUGAAGGUUGUGAUCAGAAUUGGUGUUGGAGAGAUGUAGAGGAACUGGUUGUCGCGUGCGGAAGCAACAUUGUCCAACUUGCCCGGGCCGCCAUGGACAAGUACGUCUCUGAGCGCAAGACAGAAUUCAGCUUCUGUCUGACUCCGGACUGCCCAGGUGUCUUCCCUGUUAGCAGAGAUGGAAAGCUGUUCCUCUGCGAAGGGUGUAAUAUGAGAAUUUGUACCGCAUGUCAAGUCCAGUAUCACGAUGAUCUGACUUGUGCGAUGUACCAGAGUGAGAAGAGAGAUCAGGGACUUGAUCAGUGGAUGGAAAGUGACACGGCAAACCAUAAAAAGUGUCCUGGAUGCAAGGCAUACAUUCAGAAAGCUGGUGGCUGCAACAAAGUGACUUGCAAAAUCUGUAGUGUUGAAAUCUGCUGGGUGUGCCUGGAGACUUUUGAGACGGAGAGCCAGUGUUACGCGCACCUCAAGGAACAACACGGAGCGUUUGGCGACGAGUAUGUACAUGUAAUGUAAUUACGACACGAAGUAUUUCACGCGAAGAAAACACCAGCCGUGGACGCAAUAAGAUUUCAUACUUCACCUCUUUCUAAAAUUUUAUAACAAUAUUUGUUAGUUUUUUAAUUAUACAUGUAUUAUGCGUUCUGUUGCUGAGAUUGCUAAUGAAACUGGUCUUAUUUUGAAUAGUUUGGCUACAUGUACGCAAUCGUUGGGUUGAUGACGUGAACGUCGUCUUUAAAACAUUGGCGAGAAAAAUAUCCUGUGCAAACGAUGAAUCGUGAUUUGAUGACAAAUGUCCUACGUUUGUGAAAUGCCAGAGGUAAAUGUUUACCAUAACUACCAUGCACUUACUUACAAGAGGACACCCGAGCAUACGAAUGCAAACUAUAGUUAGACUACGUCUUUAUACGCUGUUACUUAUGCUUUAUGUUACACCUGACCUACAUGGGUAGAUUAUUAUUGAGACGAUCGAGUGAGUGAGUGCUUGGGAUUUAAAGUCGUACUCAACAAUUUUUUC